AUGCUCAAACUCAUCAAAGCACACGAGUUCAUCUACGUGCUAUCGGUUCCGUUUCCGAAGCUUGCAAUUCUUUGUCUAUACUUCCGACUGUUCAACGAGAAAGCUGCUAGAUACGCGUUGUACGCCACCGGGCUGGCUAUCAUAGGGACGUCAGUCUUUGGGGUCAUAUCGCUCUUCGCCAAUUGCCGUCCUUUUGCUUCGUUCUGGGCCGCAACACAUGCAGCUCAAUGUGCCAUGGACCCUGCCACUGCCAUGCGUUUCUACAGUAUUCCAAACAUCGCCACUGACGCAGCUCUGAUGUUGAUACCGCUACCAGCACUUUUCAAGCUCCAUGGCGGGAGGUGGGAAAGGCUCGGCGUCGGUCUGACGUUCAUCGUCAGUACCUUGGGCAUUGUCACCGCGGUACUACGCUUCGUGGUCUUCCUUCGCACCGAUCUAUUUCAAGAUGUCACGUACCACUCAGUCAUCACAACCAAUUGGUCGAUAAUCGAGCCUGGUGUCCAUCUCAUGGGGGCUACCGUGCCGACACUGAGACCAAUGAUCCGGCGUUUCUUCAGCCAAAUGCCGAGAACGAUAUCUACGCCAAAGUCGGCGACGCAGCCCUUUUCUAGGAGCAGUCCUUCGAGGCCAAAGACUACCAUGAUCGAGCGACCAGCGCUGAUCAAGAAGUCUUCGGCGAGAGACAUGGUGCCAACGAUUGGGCGAGCGCCAAGCAGGAACAUGCGCAUGGACGACUACCACUUUAUGCAGUGGGGGUCCGGUGUAUACAGCGUCCGAUCAGACGACGAAGCAAGCAUGGUGUGUGCAGAUGCAGUGGUGCAUGAGACGAUGGGAAAGCAAGGAAGGAAUCCCGACGGCACACUGCAGAUGUGGUCGCUCCAGCCUGUGCAGUACAGCCCGCUACGGACGUCGUUCUUCUUCGAGGGAGAUUCGGCACGAUGA